AGGAUAAUAUGGAGUCCGGCAAGAUGGCGCCUCCCAAGAACGCUCCGAGAGAUGCCUUGGUGAUGGCACAAAUCCUGAAGGAUAUGGGAAUUACGGAGUAUGAACCAAGGGUUAUAAAUCAAAUGUUGGAAUUUGCUUUCCGAUAUGUGACUACAAUUCUGGAUGAUGCAAAAAUUUAUUCAAGCCAUGCUAAGAAACCUAAUGUUGAUGCAGAUGAUGUGAGACUGGCAAUCCAGUGUCGCGCUGAUCAAUCUUUUACUUCUCCUCCUCCGAGAGAUUUUUUACUGGAUAUUGCAAGGCAGAAAAAUCAAACCCCUUUACCACUGAUUAAGCCAUAUGCAGGACCCAGACUGCCACCUGACAGAUACUGCUUAACAGCUCCAAACUAUAGGCUGAAGUCCUUAAUUAAAAAGGGACCUAACCAAGGAAGACUAGUACCACGGUUAAGUGUUGGUGCUGUUAGUAGCAGACCUUCCACUCCUACUGUAGCAACCCCGCAAACGUCUGUCCCAAAUAAAGUUGCACCUCCAGUGUCAGUGACAAGCCAAAGAUUUACGGUGCAGAUUCCACCUUCUCAGUCCACACCUGUCAAAUCAGUUCCUGCAACAACUGCAGUUCAAAAUGUUCUGAUUAAUCCUUCAAUAAUUGGGCCCAAAAAUAUUCUUAUUACCACCAACAUGGUUUCAUCACAGAACAUGGCCAAUGAAUCAAACCCAUUGAAGAGAAAACACGAAGAUGAUGAUGAUAAUGAUACUAUGUAAGGAAUACAAUCAAGAUGUAUUUCAAAUGUGUAGUUGGUUUGGAGCCCAUUAUACUGAACUAGAAUGUUCUCUAUCUUCUCAAGUUUUAUCUUAGAAAACUUAAAUGUAGCUGCAGUAUUUUUCACAU